UUUUCGAAUGUUUAUAUUAAUUUGGAGGAGGAUUUUGUCCUGAUAAAUAAAAUGUAGUAGCCAAAAUGAAGAUGAAGUCAGAGCUUAAUCGAACAAAGUGGCUACUCCUUUUACUCUCUUACAUUUAGAGAGGGUUUUGAGGCAUCUUUUGAGGAGGUCUUUGUACUCAGUUUUGAAUUCUUCACUGUUGACAUCUUUACCAGCUCCAUAUUUAAUGAAAUUGACAAAGAUGGCAGCAAGUUCUGGGACUGAAAUGAAUUUGUCAAGCUUUUCAUGGGUGAACUUGUACAGAAUGCUGUGCAGUUUAUCGACCUGUAGUUUAUGAGUUUCAAUCUUUCUUUUCACUACUUUCUUUGGGGUGAAUGUUUUCACACCUUCUGGGUAUAUGAAACUUUCGAUUCCUCUAGUCAUCUCUUGUGGAUACAACAAGCAUCCUAGAUGGAAACUAACAUUUAAUUGAGUGUCAUACUCAAAACAAGAGUCGAUGAACUUUAGGAUACAUUUUCUGUAGAAGCUGCAAGGCUCUUUCUUUUUUCAUUUGAGAUAUCCAGUCUCUUUGUUAAAUCUGGUUUGAUAGUAUUUUCUGCACUUCCUGAGAAUAGUCUUAUAUGUGACGUCUCUCCUUGGUCUUUUGAUAGGUUUUGACUCAGGUGCAGCAGUUACUAGCUCUUGAGGAUCAAUUUCAGUAGGGUUGUCUUUAACAAUUUUGAUUUCUUUCUUUUCAUCCUGUUUUUCAGGAGUGUUAAUCUGCCCACCAUUUUUAGGGUCAAGUAGAUAUUUUAAAUAUCUUCAUCUCAGGAGUAACUUUCGAGGUAGUACUUGUGGCUUUUGAGCUUUCUCUGACUAACAAAUCUUCAGAAAAAGCUUCUAUAUGUGGUUCCUCAAAAAGUAAGCCGAUAUCAAUUGACUCAUGGAUCUCAAUUUGGUCGUUUUGCUCAUGCUGAAGAUUUUUUAAACCUUCAUAUUGGUUUAUAGCUGGGAUUUCUUCCUUAGCGGGUUCCAUCAUAGCGUCAACCAUCACAUCGAGUAGAGAACUUUGACUGAGCUGGUCGAAUUCCUGAAAGAGAUUAUUUUCAUUCAUAAUAUCAUCAAAGAAGUUAUUUUCCAUUUGGUGCUAUUGGG